GGGAGUAGGAGGCGGCCGGCGGUGGGAGCCCAGGGAGGAUGAGCCAGCAGGGAGCGGCGCUUCAGAACUACAACAACGAGCUGGUCAAGUGCAUCGAGGAACUGUGCCAGAAGCGGGAGGAGCUGUGCCGGCAGAUCCAGCAGGAGGAGGAUGAGAAGCAGAGGCUCCAAGGCGAAGUGCGGCAGCUGACGGAGAAACUGGCCCAGGUCAACGAGAACUUGGCGCGGAAGAUCGCCUCCCAAAACGAGUUUGACCGCACCAUUGCAGAGACAGAGGCCGCUUACCUCAAGAUUCUGGAAAGUUCUCAGACACUGCUCAAUGUCCUGAAGCGAGAAGCAGGGAAUCUAAGCAAGGCUGCAGCCCAGGACCAGAAGAGUGCUAUGGGCAAGGACAGCUGAACUGGGACCAUGGGCUAGAGCCUGGGGCUUGCCUAAUACUCCCCUUUGUAGGCCUGCAGGUGACUUCCUUGAGAGGGAAUCUGUUAAUAAAGUAUCUUUGUUUUUCAUA